AUGACCAACGGCAGCUCCUUCAGUGAGUUCCUUCUCCUGACAUUUGCAGACACACGGGAACUGCGGCUCUUGCACUUCUCGCUCUUCCUGGGCAUCUACCUGGCUGCCCUCCUGGGCAAUGGCCUCAUCAUCACAGCCAUAGCCUGCGACCACCGCCUCCACACCCCCAUGUACUUCUUCCUCCUCAACCUCUCCCUCCUCGACCUUGGCUCCAUCUCCACCACUGUCCCUAAAUCCAUAUCCAAUUCCCUGAGGGACACCAGGGACAUUUCCUACUCAGCAUGUGCUGCCCAGAUAUUUUUAUUUGUCUUUUUCAUGUCAUCUGAGUAUUCUCUUCUCACAGUCAUGGCCUACGACCGCUAUGUUGCCAUCUGCAAACCCCUGCACUAUGGCACAGUCAUGCACAGCAGAGCCUGCGUGAAAAUGGCAGCAGCUGCCUGGGGCAGUGGUUUUCUCACUGCUCUCCUACUUAGUGCUACCACCUUUUCAAUACCACUCUGCCAAGGCAACACAGUGGACCAGUUCUUCUGUGAAAUCCCCCAGAUCCUCAAGCUCUCCUGCUCAGAACCCUACCUUAGGGAAGUCAGACUUCUUGUGGUUAGUGCCUGUUUAGUCCUUGGGUGUUUCAUUUUCAUUGUGGUGUCCUACGUGCAGAUCUUCACUGCUGUGCUGAGGAUCCCCUCUGAGCAGGGCCGGCACAAAGCCUUUUCCAUGUGCCUCCCGCACCUGGCCGUGGUCUCCCUGUUUCUCAGCACUGGCACGUUUGCCUACCUGAAGCCCCCCUCCAUCUCCUCCCCAGCUGUGGAUCUGGUGGUGGCUGUUCUGUACUCGGUGGUGCCUCCAGCAGUGAACCCCCUCAUCUACAGCAUGAGGAACAAGGAGCUCAAGGAUGCACUGAGGAAAUCACGGCUGCACUGGAAGCCCAUGAAAAUCCCGGAUCCCUACACUUGA